GCAGUUGGCCGCUGGACGCGCACGUGGAAACAUAUACUGCAACAAGUGGAUGAACUGGCCCGCGCGCUCACUCCGGCCUUUUUUUAAUAUACGUUUCUUUCCUCUGUUACUGUGCGUCUCGAGCCCGAUGCUGUCAGCUGCCGCGUGCUCCACUGUCUGCUACCAACUCUGUCGCAACGUAGAGGAACAAAUUUACUUUAACUUUUUGCCUUCUAAGGAUGAGCCUCGCGUAAAGUCGGCUUUUUGUUUCUUAUCUACCAUCUUCCUUUUGUUUUUGCCCCCGCUCUCCUGCAAAGAAGUAUGGUAGAUAAAGGCCCCUUGCUCACUUCUGCCAUCAUCUUCUACCUCUCCAUCGGGGCAGCAAUCUUUCAGGUCCUCGAGGAGCCCAACUGGAAGCAGGCUGUGAAGCACUACAGAGAGGAAAAGGACAAAAUACUUGAGGACUACCCAUGCCUGACCAAAGGGGAUUUGGACCGAAUACUAGAGGCAGUGUCUGAUGCUGCAGGCCAAGGGGUGACCAUAACUGGCACCAAGCCGUUCAACAAUUGGAACUGGCCAAAUGCCGUCAUCUUUGCCGCCACAGUUAUCACCACCAUUGGAUAUGGGAACAUCGCCCCUAAAACCUCAACUGGCAGGGUGUUUUGCAUUUUCUACGGACUCUUUGGAGUGCCACUAUGUCUUACCUGGAUUAGUGAACUGGGAAAGUUCUUUGGUGGCAGAGCGAAGCACCUGGGACAGUAUCUAACCAGAAAGGGGUUUUCAUUGAGAAAAGCCCAGUUUACCUGCACAGCGAUUUUUCUUCUCUGGGGUGUGCUGAUCCAUUUAGUCCUCCCACCUUUUGUGUUCAUGUCUCAGGAGGGAUGGACCUACAUCGAAGGGUUGUACUUCUCAUUUGUCACCUUGACCACAAUCGGUUUUGGGGACUUGGUUGCAGGUGUGGAUCCAGAGAAAGUCUAUCCAACUCUGUACCGUUACUUUGUGGAAGUAUGGAUCUAUCUGGGGCUUGCCUGGCUGUCGUUGUUCUUCAACUGGAAAGUGCGGAUGGUGAUCGAGGCCCACAAGGCUUUGAAGAAACGGCGCAAGCUGCGAAAGCUGUCACUUGAGGAGAUGCGCCACUACAAAGAAGCACACAAAGCUUCUCUCCGCUUGCCGCCCACUCCCAAUGAUGUGAACAUCUUCAGCUUCCUGUCAAAGAAGAAGGAGGGCUACAAUGACUUGAUCAAGCAGAUUGGCAACAAAAAGGAAGGUAGAGCCAAUUGUGGCUCAUGUGAUUCAAACAAAAAGGCCAAAGAUAUGAAUCGCUCCAAGAGUUGCAACGAUGCUCCAGUGUUUAAUGGUCACACCAUCCUCAGCCUGGACCGGUCGCCGCGCCAAAAGAGACGCUACAGUUUUAGUGACCGUGUCACUGUUGCCUUUUCGAAGUCUAAGAACUACCUGCUAGGCUCAGAUAAUGGUUUGCUGCUAACAGAAGAUCAGGUGGAGGGCGACCCAGAUCUAGAGCAAAAUCGAAUGUAUGAAAACCAACUCGACAAGGAUAUAGACGCGGAAAGCAAGGCCACUGGAGACCAUGGCGCGGGAUGUCGAAGGACGUGGGACUCUAAAGAUUACCAUUCUUUAACCUUCCAGAACGCAAACAUAACUUUUAUCGAUGAAGAAAACUUUCUUGGCAGUAACUUUGAGGAACUGGAGGAAGACGACGCAGACGAUGAUGACUCAAAGGCAAAAAUCUCCAUCACAACGUGUGACGAAAACAUCGAAACAAACUCCAAGGAGGACCAGAGUUCAGAAUGCGAUGGCUCUGUUUUUACGACGGACUGUUCAGAGCACAGCCACUCCUAUGAGAAGCUGGUGGAGGAAUACACGAAGGAAGACAACACUGAAUCUUGAGCCGUGAAAACCGGCCAUCAUGGUUGAUAAAAUCUCUAUUCAUCUAGUGUUGGCUGGAAGGAUGAGUUUUUUUUUGUCCAAUGUGAAAUGUUUGAGUGGCUAUGAAUCAUCAUAACAUACUUUGAAGGACUGUAGAGCUGAUAACUUUCAAAUGGGGGAUCAAACUCAACAAAUAAUGAACAAAAAAGCAGGAGAUGUCGCCUCAUUAAUCAACAUUAUUUAUGAUUUUCUUUUUUUAUACGGUUUGAGAAAGAGUCACAAGUGUCUACUGAUGCAUUCAAACAAGCAGUUGUUCAUGAGUGAUUUUUAUUUCUGCUCAUUGGCUGAAGUUGUAUGUGGAAAUUGGUUUGAUUUUCCCAUUGUUUAAACUAUUUCUAUCCACCAUAUUGGUGCUUUUAAUGAUAUUUAUUCAAAUGAAGGACAUUGUUGCAUUUGUUCAGUUGCUUUGUGGGUUUCUGCGUCUGCCGUUGCACAAUUUCAGUGAGAUCAGGGUGUGUUAAAGUCCACUCCAGGGCAGACUUGCUUUUACAACCUGAGCCAAACCUUCGUCUUAAAGUGAAGGUGUGAAGGACAAUUUUUUUUUCUGUUUCUUUGGUAUUUGAUUUAUUAGGCUAAGCUCUUGAUAUCUUAUAGAAAUUGGUAUUUAUAUUAUCAGCAACCAAACUGUGAUGUCUUCCAUCUGAGCCCUUGCAUCAAAUGAGAGAGGAAAUAUAUUUUAAAACGGCAAGGAAAUGUAAGCUGAGUUGAGCCAUUUGCUGUUUUUACUUUACUCUUUUCUGCAUCCUAGUUGACAGCGCUGCAGCCUAUAAUUCAGGGGCUUAAGUAGGACAAAACUUUCACAGCAAAAACAUUCUCAUGUUCUGUCUCUAGCAGCCUUUGAAGUGAUUGUGUUUGCCAUGUCAAUAUUGGCCAAGAACCCGCCGGUAGCCACAAAGUUGGCCCUGGCCGGGACAUGGCCCCGCUGCCCAUGUUUGCCUUUGAGGGGCUCGCAGCAGCAAGAACGAAUGAAGUGCCCCUCUUGACGGGUAGCGAAGGUUAACCUGUGGCAAAUCGAUAACCUCUUACGUAUGUCCUUCGUAUCGGUGCUCCCCACACGUUGCACAAAACGGAGAUCUUCAAACUCCAAUUUUCACAUGUUUUUAAAAAACAAAACAUAAAAUGCACACAGAUAUUUUGCUAAUCCGCGGCCUUUUGCACACAAAGUCUUGCACAAAGAUUAAAUAUGGUGUUACUUGGAGUGGUAAAAGCAACAAUCUCACAAUGAAUCUUUUCUUCUUUUUUUUUUUCAUUCAAGCCAAAAAUUUUUGAACAAUGUGCUUUAAAGUGGUCCUAUUUCAGGGUUUUGUUUUUCAUUGAAACGCAUCAAAUGCACAUUUUGACCAAUAUUACUGCCUUUAUAUGAAUAGCCUUACGUCCACUGCAUAGCAGGGGGUGCACAAUAAGAAACAUCCAUUGAAUGUACUCUGCAACAACUCACCAGUAUGUAUACCGUUUGGGUUUUUUUUACACUUAUUGUGGCAUUUAUAUUUCGUCUUUGGUAAAUUUCAUCACCUCUCCACAUCUUGAACCUUUUUUUGUAUUAUAUUUUGUAAGCAAUCUCUUUUCACUUUUUUUUUUUUGUUAUAAACCAAGGUACUGCUUUGGAUUGAAUUUCUGAGAAUAUAUCCAAGUUCAGAUAUGUUUUCUCUCCAGUGUGUUAAACUCCAUUGUAGUUUUUGUGUUAUGUGUGUUUUUUUUAAAUGUUUAAA